ACGUCAAUAGAAACGAAAAAGAAAAAGGCGAGAGAGUGAGAGAGAGAGAGGUAGAACGUUCUUCGGGUAAAUACGACAUGAGAGAUUUUGCCAACAGUUAACAAUCCAUCCAACCGGACUGCGAGUUCAACCAGACUCACACCCGGGACAUCGGUGCCCGUGAUGAAGAGCGCAUCCGCCGGACACGGUAUCUGCAGGCCCGCUCCGACCGUCACCAUAGGAGAGCUAGCGACCAUUUCAGAUAGCAACACACAGCCAGCAGCUGCUCCCUCCAUGAGUACACAGCCCUGAUAUUCACCCAGUAACCAACAACGGGCCCCGAGAAUGAACUCAAAGAAAUUGGAAUGCACCCCGAGGCGGCAGUUCAGAGAGCGAAGCCCGAGGGAAAGGGGCGACCAGGAUGACAGAUGGAGAGAACCCCAAGGAGGUCGCAGCAGUGCCGCAUCACGGGACUCCCACCGCUCCUACUACGGAGAGAACCCCAAAGACUCUACUGGGACCAAGGACAAGCACCAGUACAGUGAUUCACUGCAGAGGGCCUACAGUAAGGAGCCAUCUCAUCGGAAUCGAACCCAAAGAAGCCCGGAACGGCGAUCUGCUGUCCCUGACCAAGGCGGCGGCGGCGGCGGCGGUGGUGGUGGCGGCGGCGGGGAUGGGGAUUAUACAAGGUUUAGGUACACAUCCCCGGAGACCAGUACAUCACAAGAGCACAGAGUCUCUGAGAGGAGGAAAAGUCUCACCGGCAACGUGGACGACCAUUUUCAACACAGGAGGCUCAACAGUGACUUCAGAUCUUGGCCACCAACCAAAGAGGAUUCAGACUAUGGUAAAAGGCCGGUAGAGUCCAAAAAACGCAGAGCAUCUCCUGAAGAUUUUGCGUACAGGCAUCAAUCUGACUAUGCCAUGAAUAGACAGACGCAAGACAGGAGCGAGACACGUGAUGUAAAACGAUUGCCAGAAUCUUCUUCAAAGGUGUAUGACGCAACACGAGACCAAAAUGAAUCCACUUCCCCUCUGAACUAUAAUCCUUGGCAGCCCAGCAGUGGCUUCCCAGUGACUGACGUCGGCAAAAGGGCGGAACCUAACUCCACCAAUCACAGCCCUGCUCCUGUUAAAAGUGUUCCUGAGCAGUCACCCAGGAGCAAUGGCUUCCAGCGUUUCCUCAGUGUGCUCAACAAAGGGGUGGACGUCAACAUGCUCAACAAGAUAGUCAGUCAGGCUCCCAGUUUUCCUGAUCCACGGAACGCUGCUGAUCCCAGGAACGCUGCCGGUCUUCGGAACGCUGCCGUUCUUCGGAACACUGCAGAUCUACGGAACGUUGCUGACCUUCGGAACGUCGCUGAUCUUCGGAACGCUCCUGAUCUUCGGAACGCUCCUGAUCUUCGGAACGCACCUGAUCUUCGGAACGCUCCUGAUCUUCGGAAUGUUGCCGAUCCCCGGAACGUUGUCGAUCCCCGGAACGCUGCCGAUCCCCGGAACGCUGCCGAUCUUCGGAACGCUGCCGAUCCCCGGAAUGCUGCCGAUCUUCGGAACGCUCCUGAUCCUCGGAACACUGCAGAUCAUCGGAACGCUGCCGAUCAUCGGAACGCUGCCGAUCAUCGGAACGCUGCCGAUCAUCGGAUCGCUGCCGAUCAUCGGAACGCUGCCGAUCUUCGGAACGCUGCAGAUCUACUUGGAUCUCACAGAGGCCCUGGGAAGCAGGACACGCACCAAAACGCAGUGUACUGGAAUAAGAACCAUGAACCCCAACAACAGCAGAGUAAGCAACCCAGUGAAAACACAACUAUUGAAACGUCUGGCGUCCCUCAUGGCAAGGCUGGCACUAGAUUGACCCCAACGCAAGCAGUGGCCGAGGGGAAAGUGACGCAGGAGGAGGAGCAGAAGUGCAAAGAGAUGCAGCAUUUGUUUCAGACUAUCGGGAUGGACCUGGGACUGGACGAGCUGGGGAAAAUGUCCAACCGGAUCCAGCUGCGGUUGUACGGCAACAAGGAGGACCGAGAGAGAAGGGAGUCCGAAAAGGAGACGAGGAGAGAGACGAGGCAGAUGUUCUCUCCCGGAGGCAACAGCAGAUCCUCCUCGUCGAGCAGAUCUAGCUUUGGACCUCCUGUCACAAAACACAACUCUCUGAAGAUCGACUCGUUAGCGGCUCCGGUGAACGCCCCUGAGACCGCCCCGGCGGCCAGUGUGUGCAACAUAGCCCCCGUUAGAAACUAUGACGACGACAGAGCGCGCCCGCAGAGCAUCGCCGCACUGCAGUCGUUUGCACCCAACAACUCCUAUCACUUACCUCAACCACAAGCUCUGACGCCAAGUUACCCCUCCACCCCCUUCUCACCCCCCACCCCCUUCGCACCUCCCACCCCCUUCUCGGCACCUGCCCCGUUCUCACAACACCUCUAUCCACCGGCUGCCUACAACGUGCCCCCUCCGUGGGGAGUCUCCGCUGGAACUAUGCCUUUCCCCCCGUACCCCCCGAGUUACCCCCCCCCCGUGCCCGUGCAAUCCCCCGCCGUGCCGUCGUUUACAAACUAUCACAAUCAUUCAAAUCCAAUCAAAUCGACUUCAAGGCCCCGCUAUUUGCAGGUUAUAAACACAAACCGAGCUAAGCAAACAUAAGAGAUAUUUUGAUAGACAAGGUUUCACAUUCAACAGAUAACAUUUGGUUCUAACUCUUCCAGGAGUAACUGAAUCUUCCUAUCCGGCUUAAUCGAAGCUUUCGAAAUUGCGCCUGUAAAACGUUAAAGGACAAUGAACGUUACAAGAAUAGGAAGACCGAUUCACACUUUAAUCUGAUUGGCUUUCUAAGGCUGGGACAUGAAAAUUAUUAAAUACACUGGCUUUAGUAGUGGAAGCUCAAGUAAUAGGUUUUUGAUUUCGAUGGCCAAACCAAAUAAUCAUUCAAAGGGCAAACAAUACAGAUAUUUGACUUCAAUAUUUUGCGGAUUGCAAAUAUAUCCAUUCCUUAAGAAUUGGCUUGUGUUUGUUACACUGUAGGAUCACUUCUUGUUUAAGUACCUGUCUAUUCUGACUCAAAACAUAUUGUGAGAACAACAUAAUUCAAAUGUGCUAUAAAAUUUAGUUUAGCAAUGUGCCACAAUUGUCCAAUUCACUAUACCACGUUAAAUAAACAAAAUCUGGAAGAUGUGUUGACACCAAGUACCAGACUAUAUGCAUACUACUGCCUUACACCUUUUCCCUGAAAACUGUAGGAACUUGGAUUGUACAUUUGUUCCAAAAGUUGAUUGGUUAUAUUAAACGCCUAUAAUUUGUCGAUAUUUUGUCUAUAUUCUAUGUAUGUUUUUUGCUGCAGAUUCUGCGUCAAUGAUUAUAAGCUUCUGGGGCUUUCUUAAAACAAGGCUUAAAAAUCGCUUACUACAAACCAACAUGUCGAUUUCAACAGAAUAAUGAUUCGCAAUAAAUGCAAAACACGUAUGGAAAACGGACGGGGCCGCAUCAAUUGCAACCCAGUCGGAAAUGGGCUUUGAGGAGAGAUUUAAAAAGCCUUUAAAAGAAGAGAUGAUUCUGUCAACGUCACAGCCCUAUCCUUCAGGAUGGUGCUUAGAUGAUUCUGACCUGUCGUCAUAUCUAUACCUCAGGAUGAUAGCGGAAGGCAAAAUAAAUCUUUAAUUACUCUUCGUGACCCAUGGUUGUGGCUGAGAUACUUUGUGCAAAUGUUUGAGUCCCUCUUCUACGUGUUUAUGCAAUUUAGUUUAUGCCUCUUUAUUCAGCAUUUAAAUUUAAUUCUUCAUACAAUUAAUAAGACGUCUUAUAAAUCUAAUACAAAUCAAUACAGGUCUGUGUAAACCAUAUUUUUGGUUCAUUACUAAAUUAUAUUAAUUAAGUCCGACAAAGCUCUGGUAAUGUUUUAAGAGACAAGAGCUGGUUGAUAUACAACUCAAAAGAAAAGACAUCUCCGGUGAGGGAGGGUCAAUUUAGGAGAGAUGGAAACAACAAUGACUACACAAACCUGUGUUUGAGGGUAACUUUGGUUCCCAGACUGUCUUUCGAGUCUGUCUAAUAUAUGAUAUUGCUCGUCUGUAUGGUCCAGCAAACGACCCCCAUGUCGGACCCACUUCCAUCAACCGACCUGGAACCCGGGCGCUCCCGACCAGACGAUGGCCUCCUAGAGCAGCUCGUGCCCCCGCGCCUACCAACGAUCGAGAAGGAGAGCGCCCCCCCCCUCCCUGAUGUCGGUGUGUGUUUACCUCACUCGUUUAGCACAAACAAAAGCUAUGAAGAAAGAGUGCAAUGCAGUUCUUUAAUCAUUAAGGCGAUAAGGAAAGACGUGAUGAAUCUCCCUUACUGGGACAGCCUUCCAAGGGCCAGGUACGAUCAUGACCGACCUCAAUGUCCUGGAACAGAACAAGACAUGGGGCAAUACACAUUGAACUACAAUGAUCAACAUUAUCACCAGGACCACUAUAGAUACCAUCAAAGAGAACCACAAAGACCAACCAGCAGGAUGGACUAUGGACAGCACAGCAUUCCUUCUCCUUCUCCAUCUCCUGGUCUUAUUAGUUGCAGAGAACCAUCAGUAGAUCUUGGAUCAGACAGGACCGUUAUCCCAGACGGACCAUCCGUGGAAUUAGCUGAGAUAGACAAUGAGCUGGAGAGAAAGAAGAAAAAACUUGAAGAAAUCGAGAAUAGGAUUAUUCGGAAGAAAGCUGCAAUUGCCUUGAAGAAAAUCUUGCCCUAUUUGAGAAAAAACAAUGAGCUAUCUGGCAAUCCAUUGGACGACCAGAAAGACUUAGUAGAGAGUUGUUUAACUACUACUAAUGAAUCUUCUCUGAAGGAGAGGGUGAACUCCAUUUUGCAGCUAAGGAAGUCUCUCGGCUUUCCAAAGAUGCACAGCAGAGACCCAAAGAGCUCCACAACAUAUGGGGUCGGCCGGCAGGAAGAUCAUCCCCUGAAGCUUCGUGUGAAGACACUGAUGGACAACAGAUCGAGAACACUCCGAGAGAAUCCUAGUUUUCCACCACCGACUGCCACCCUGGAUCCUAGGAUGUGGCAUGCAGUUGAUGGUCCGAAGAUGCAGCUCAACCCUUUGAGCCGGAGCCAACCUGAAUCCAGCCCAGUUUAUGAGCCGUGGCCUACAGAGGGCGGUCAGACGAUGCAGGUGGACCCCUACCCACCCAUGGAGAGAGCUCAGGAGUCUCCAAGCCAAGACCCUGGACCUGGGCCGAUGCCUGGAUUAUCUGCAGGCUUCCAGCACGUCCAGGUACACCAUCAGGCUGCU